GCUCCGCCCAUUUACGCGAGGACGACGCUCGAGAGAUGAUUGCCACACCGACGGGAUACCGGCGGAAUGUUUAUAUGCAGAGACAGAUGUCUCAACAAGUAGUCGUCGCCCAUCAUCCCCAGCCCCUCCAAAACUACUGCCAGCAGCUGCAGAACCAGUUGGUUCAGGCACAGAAUCAGGCCAACUCGGCGAACAUGACGCUUAGAGAGGUGCUGAACAAGCCUUCGAUCCUUCAGCAACCAUCGCAGCAACAGCAGCAGUACCCGGUUCAGCAGCAAAACCGUCAGCGACAAGUGAUUCGCCAGAUUAUCCCCACUGUACCACAAGUUCAACGACAAAUGCCACAGCAGCGCCCACCGCAACAGACUCAAAAUGGUGCUCCGAUGCUCCGACUCCCUGUGCAUCAAAUUCAGCAGGCUCACCACCUCCAACAACAGCAGCGGCAACAGAUGCAACAGCCGAUGCCGAGCCGGCGACGGUCUGCGGCUCACCAAGUUCGCCAGAGAAUUCAGGCUCAGAAUACUGUCCGGCUCCAACAACAGGAGCAAUUGGCUCAGCAGCAUCACCAGCACCAGCAGCAGCAUGCUCAAUCGGAGCUCCAACAAGUUCAGCAAGUGCUCAUCGAGCAACAGCAGCUUAACCAGAAUUCCCGCAAACGCAAGCAAUCUCCACAAGCUCACUGGAGCGACGUUGAUAAUGUGGAGAAUCUGGAGAAUCAGGCGACCGCCGCACAACAAAUUCCGGCAAAAAAACCGCGCUGGAAUUCGGUGGAGCAAGAGCCCGAGCCCGAGGCUCCGCUGGAAGCCGUCGAGCAGCAGCAACAGAAGCAGCCGACAACUGACGGGCAGCACCUGCCGGAUAUUGUCAAAAAUAUUGGAGGAUUCGAGAUUCGUGUCAUUCGAAGUCACGACCCGUCGCGCAGAAUCUACACUUAUUGA